AUGUCUUUCAUCAAAGCGAAUCUUUUUGUAGUAAUAGCUUUCCUCUCAUUUAUACUCUCCAAGGCUCACCCUGGAUUCCACUUUGGGUGGAGUGGUCAUCAUGGGGGAAUAUCUUUUGGUCUUUCACCUCAAUUCUAUCAGUUUUCAUGCCCUCAAGCUAAUGACAUUGUCAUGUCAAUGUUGGAGAAGGCCAUUGCUAAGGAUAUCAGAAUGGCUGCUUCUCUACUUAGACUUCACUUUCACGAUUGCUUCGUGCAGGGCUGCGAUGCAUCGAUUUUGUUGGAUGAUAGUGCAACAAUAGUGAGCGAAAAAAACGCUGGACCAAACAAAAAUUCUGUCCGAGGUUUUGAAGUGAUUGAUGAGAUCAAAUCUAAGUUGGAAGAAGCAUGUCCUCAGACUGUCUCCUGUGCAGACAUUGUUGCCCUUGCUGCCAGGGGCUCCACUAUUCUUAGUGGGGGACCCAAUUGGGAGCUUCCAUUAGGUAGGAGAGACUCAAGAACAGCAAGCCUUAGUGGCUCAAACAAAAACAUUCCCCCACCAAAUGCUACCAUAGAGAAUCUCUUAACAUUUUUCAAGCGUCAAGGCCUUGAUGAAGUGGACCUUGUUGCCCUCUCAGGUGCUCAUACCAUUGGGGUGGCAAGAUGUGCAACAUUCAAGCAAAGACUAUACAAUCAAAACGGAAACAACCAACCAGAUGAGAAUCUAGAAAAGUCCUUUUACUUUGAUUUGAAGACGGUGUGCCCAAAAUUUGGUGGUGAUAACUUUAUUUCUCCCUUGGACUUUGGCUCCCCAAGAAUGUUUGAUAAUACCUAUUUCAAACUUGUACUUAAGGGAAAAGGGCUUCUUAAUUCAGAUGAAGUGCUUCUUAUGGGAAAUGUUAAGAAGACUCAUGAACUAGUCAAAAAAUAUGCAAAAGAUGAGAGUCUCUUCUUUGAACAAUUUGCCAUAUCCAUGAUCAAGAUGGGGAACCUCCGUCCUCUCACUGGUUUUAAUGGAGAAGUUAGAAAGAAUUGUCGUCGGGUUAAUUAA